UUUUUUCCGGUAUAUCUUAAAAAGUCUUUAAAUGACUUCCAGAGAAAACAAUUACCAUAGAGCGAAUGAUUAUCCUUCUCCUCCGCCUUAUACACAAAUCUAUAGUGAUUACAGCACACUUGAUGAAGAAGCACAAACAGAAUACUCUUACUUAAAGGGUGGGUUCAUAAAAGAAAAAGAUGAAAGCGAUCAACUAAAGUUUAUAAGAAAGGUAUUUGGGAUUUUAACAAUUCAGUUGCUGGUCACUUUGGCGUUUGUAAUACUUUUCGUUUCCUGCAAACCUCUUUCCAUUUUUGUCGCUCAUAACUUAUGGUUGCUCUUACUUUCUUCUGUUAUAACUUUUUCUUUAAUUCUUCUCACGUGGUGUGGAGAUUUAGUUAGACAUACUAAAGGGUCUAUCAUUUUUCUAAGCUUAAUAACAUUUUUUCAAGGGUUUACAGUCGGUGCCUUAUGCUCUUUUUACAACGCUUCAGUGGUUUUUUUGUCCGUUGGGAUCACCACCGCUCUCGUGGCUUCUCUCAUGCUUUUUGCAUUGCAAACGAAAUAUAGUUAUCUUGGUGCAGGGCCUUAUUUGUGGCUUCUGAUUUUGUUUCUCCUGUUUUUCAGUUUGGUUAUAUCUCUUAUAUCGUUCACAAACGUUUUGAGCUACGCACAGAUUAAAAUUCUCCACUUAAUAGUUUCACUUGCUUUUAUGCUUCUCUUUUCUUUCUUUAUCGUCUACGACACUCAAUGCUUAUUAAAAGGAGAUCAUAAUUUGCGAGAAAAGGAACACAUCUUUGCUGCUUUGGUACUAUAUCUGGACAUUAUAAAUUUAUUUGUUAGAAUUUUGUAUUUUAUGGGACUUCUUAACGAUAACUGA